AUGCACAGCAUUACCCAAGAUCCGGCUGCCGGACCAGCCAAACCUCUCAUAUUCGUGCUCACGCUUGGUGAUGAUCAGACGCAGCUCACUUUUCAGGAAUCCCACGCCAGCUUCUUGAACGAGCUCUUCGAGAGAGCAACCAUAUGGCAUGCAAAGACGACGGAGAAGGCAUUUACCUUGUUCACCCAAUGUUCGGAGCCACAUGCUAUAUUUGUGGCCGAUGGAGGCAUUGCUCAGGCUAGGUGCGAGGUCAUAUCGCAGAGGCUCGUGCAGUAUGCGGCAGGUGGUGGCAUCGUCGUCUUUGGUGGCCUUUUUGCUGCCUCCAGUUUGGAAAGCUUGAGAAAGAUUAUGAGGCAGACGUGGGAUCUCCCAUGGGAAACCGGCUCCUACCAACGAUCCACGCUAUCCCUGAAUUCUCAAGUCGUCGGCUCUACCCUUCAGAGCAGACUCCCGGCUUCGUAUAGCCAAAAGGCUCUCUCGAUUUACGGAAUGCAGCAGUGUGAGGCGUGGUACCUCUCAACCGAACACUCUACUGCCGAGGAUCGUGUACCAACUCCCAAAUCAAUCGUCGGCUUCAAUGAGUCGCCUGUUGUUUUCGCUCGAUAUGGAAACGGACACGUUGGAUAUAUUGGAGAUGUUAAGCCUGAGGAUGGCACAAUCCUUGCGAUGCUCGCAAUGUUGCGCUUAUUAAUCGAAUGA